AUGGGUCGGGGGAGAGUGCAGCUGAAGAGGAUAGAGAACAAGAUCAACAGGCAGGUGACGUUCUCAAAGAGGAGAGCUGGUCUGCUGAAGAAAGCCCACAGAUCUCUGUUCUCUGCGAUGCUGAGGUCGCCCUCAUCGUCUUCUCCCACAAAGGGAAGCUCUUCGAAUACGCUACCUGCCUCUGAGCUCACUUUGUAG